GUCGAAACCUGUGAGUGUGUGCGUGUAUUGUGAUUUACGUCAGACCACAUGUUUUGCCGGUAUUAAUUGAUUAAGAUUUUUAUAUUAUUUGGUACAUUCAAUAUUUUUGGUCGCAUAUCAUUACCAAAAAAAGAAGAACAAUUGAUAAAACGAUUAAAAAUUGCGAUUAAAAUAUAUGUAAGAGCACCAUUAUGGAUUUAAAUAAAAGUAUUAAGGACAUCAAUAAAAAUGAUAUUAACAGGGAAAUAUUAAAAAUGACGCUUCGUUUGUACAGUAACCCACAAAUUUCUCGGAAAACUGUUAAUGAAAUUGUAGAAAUGUUUCAAACAUUUGUCUCAGAAACGUUUGUUCCAUUUAUUCAAAAAGAAAUUGAAAAUUGUGUAAAAUCAAUUUCAAGCGGCAUGGCAUAUUUUAAAACACAAUUUGUUUUAGAAAAUUCGAAAGAUAUUUUUAAACCAUUUUCUACGGAAUAUUUAAGAUUUAAAAUCUAUGAAGAAAAAUACUCGUUUAAUCCCCCUCAACUAUUGGAAAUCGGACAAGAGUCUGUAUAUAUGACAGAUGAUGAUCAAAAUGUACAUGUUACUAAAAAGUCGAUCUACGCAGCGCAUGUUCCAUUAAAAAAAACUUUGGAAACAUUUUUUUCAUCACCGGGUGUGUUUAAUAUGGUUCUUCAAUAUAUUAAUGAGCUUUAUGCGGAAAAAAAAUUUAUAUCAAAUGUUGUUCAAGGAGAAUUGUGGAAUAAAAAAUACAAAGAUUUAAAUAAAAUUAUUAUACCAUUGUACUUAUAUUUCGAUGAUUUCGAAACCCGAAAUCCAUUGGGCAGUCACGCAGGAGAACAGAAAUUAGGUGGUGUAUACAUUUCCAUUGCAUCAUUACCUCCUCAUAUUUCUGCUAAAAUGAAAAAUAUUUUUUUAUCCACAAUUUUUCACUCGGAUGAUUUAAAAAACUUUGGAAAUAAAAAAAUUUUUCAAAAAUUAAUUGAAGAGCUCAAUAUUCUAUCGGAUGAAGGUAUUAUAAUAAAUGUUGAAGGAACUGAUAAAAAAAUUUACUUCCAAUGUAUCCAAAUUUUGGGGGAUAAUUUAGGAUUAAAUAAGAUUUGUGGCUUUUCUGAAAGUUUUAUAGCUAAUCGGUUUUGCAGAAUUUGUACUGCAACUAAAGAACAAUGCCAAAAAUUGUUAGAAGAGGAUGAACAUCUUUUAAGAGAUGUAAAAUCUUAUGAAAAAGUCGUUGCUGAAGAAAAAUUUGCAGACAGUGGUUUAAAAGAAAAAUGUAUUUUUAACGACAUAAAAAAUUUUCACAUUUGUGAAAAUAUAUCUGUAGACGUUAUGCACGACAUUCUAGAAGGAGUUGCAUCAUAUACAAUUGCAAAAGUAAUACAUGAAAUAAUUUCUUCAGAAAAAAUUACUCUUGCUACAAUCAAUAAUAAAAUUGAUUCUUUUUCAUAUGGCACACUAGAGACGUCAAAUAAACCAAGGCCUUUAUUUUAUGCACAGGGGAAAAAAGGGGCCCAGAAAUUAAAAGUUAAGCAAUCUGCUGCUGAAAUGCAAUGCUUAGUGAGGUAUUUAGGGCUAAUGAUUGGUGACAUCGUUCCCGAUAAAAAUCCACAUUGGAAAUUGUAUCUCUGUUUAAGAAAAAUUUUUGGUGUUGUAGCUUCUCCUUCAUUAGAUAAAGGGCAAAUCCAAAACCUCAAAGAACUUAUAAGAAAGCAUAAUAAGCUGUACUUUCAACUAAAUGGAAAACUGAAGCCUAAAAUGCACUUUUUGCUGCAUUACGUAACAGUAAUGAUUUUAAAUGGUCCAGUUAUUCAUUAUUCAGCAAUGAAGUACGAAAGGAAAAAUAAGCAACUUAAAGAAAUCGCAGUGUCUACUACGUCAAAUAUAAAUUUACCAUUGACAAUAGCAAUUAAACAUCAGUUGCAACUCUGUUAUGCAACAGCAUUUUCACUACCUAUACAAAGUGACAUCGAACUUGGAUCUAUCGAUAACUCUGAUGCACACAAUUACUUAAAAAAAUUUAUUCCCAACUUACGGGAUGGAAUAUCUGUGACAACGUUAAAAAAUAUUGAAUUACUUGGAAUUAGUCUUUCUCCUGGAACAGUUUUUGUAAGCAGAAUAACUGAAAAUGGUCCAUGUUUUGGAGUAAUUAAAAAAAUUUUUUAUUGCAAGAACGUUUACUUUGAAGCAGAAGAACUCGAAGUAUUAUUCUUUGAUCAUCACUAUCAUGCUUAUUGCGUACAAUAUAAUGUGAACCCUACAAAUCUAUUAAUAAAUGUUGACCUGAUACCAAAAACUUCACCCUGUCUGUUAGUUAAAAAAAGAACAAAUAUUUUUGUAGCGACAAGAUAUGACAUUUGAAAAUGUUAAAAGGAAGCUUAAUUUUUUGUAAAUAGAACUUUUUAAUGUGAUAAGUAUUUUUUUGUUCAAAUGUGUUUGUCAUAAACUAAUCUCCUUAUAAAUGUGAACCUCAUAAUGUUAUAAUUACAGCAAAACUUAUUUACUAUAAUUAAUUUUAAAGCGUUUUCUGAAAAUGUA